ACAUAAUCAGGCUGUGGAACCGCAUCUCAGUUUCAAGUCCAGGCGUCCUUGACCUAAUUUACAGAAUUCUGGUUUCCAAUCCUUACAAAAAAAAAAUUUCCCACUCGCUGCAUACCUAUAGCUAUCGCUCCUUCACUGGUUCACAGCCUUGCCAGUCUGGAAGCUCGACUCCGGAUUCAUUCUAAGAUGGGAUUCACCAACGCCAUUCGUUUUGUUGUGGAAGCUAUUGGGCUCAAGCCCCAGAAGCAGCAGUCUAAUAAGCUUCGUCGUCGAGACCAUCCGGGCAGUCCUGAACCACGGAAGACUCCACUGGUCGAUUCCAAGCCUGUCCCCAAAAACGCUAAAGAUGGUCGUCGUCGUCGAGGCCUUCCAGACAAUCCUGAGCAUUGGGAACCUCCACUCGCCCCACGCACCUCAAUGCCCAUCCCAGAAAAAGAUGAAGAAAUCGGUCGUCGUCACCGAGGCCAUCUGAGCAGUUCUGCGCAGAGGAAAGCUCCACUGGCCUCUUCUGCUUCCAAGUUUGGCCCCCAAAAAGUUGAAGCUAAAGAUGUUCGUCGCCAUCGAGGCCUUUCAGCCAAACCGGGACAGUGGAAGCCUCCUUCAGUCAUUCGUAUCUCCAACCCUGUCCUUGAAACAGCCGAAAGUGUUGGUGACGAUUUCAAGCAAUGGAAGACUCCAUUGGCCCUACGUGUCGCCAAGCCUGGCGUGCGUAGAUGUCAUCGACUCUUCGUGAAGACCCUGACCGGCAAGACCAUUGAUCUGGAUGUUGAAUCCUCCGAUACAAUCGACAAUGUCAAGUCCAAGAUUCAGGACAAGGAAGGGAUACCUCCUGAUCAACAGAGGCUUAUCUUCGCUGGUAAGCAACUCGAGGACGGCCGCACCCUUUCAGAUUACAAUAUCCAAAAGGAAAGCACUCUGCACUUGGUCCUUCGGCUUCGCGGAGGCAUGCAAAUCUUCGUGAAGACACUAACCGGCGCGACUAUCUUCCUUGAAGUUGAGUCCUCCGAUACAAUCGACAAUGUCAAGUCCAAGAUUCAGGACAAGGAAGGGAUACCUCCCGAUCAACAGAAACUUAUCUUCGCUGGCAAGCAACUCGAAGACGGCCGUACCCUUUCAGAUUACAAUAUCCAAAAGGAAAGCACUUUGCACUUGGUCCUUCGGCUUCGCGGAGGCUGGCAACUCCUUAUAAAAGAUCCAACCGGCAAGGAGUUCGGUCUGAGCCCCAACCUUUCUGGUACGGUGUACGAUUUGAAACUCAAAAUCCAGGAGAGUCAGGGUAUUGCUGCGGAGCAACAAAUCCUUAUGCUUGGCAACAUCGAGCUCCAAGAUUUUAUGACGUUGGCCAGUUGUAAAAUUGAAGCUGGAGGUCAAUACGACCUUCGUAUCACCAUCAAUAAAGUAUUGAGAAUUGUCGAGCCGCGUUCCCACAGCUCCUACUCCCCCCACCCUGUCUUGUGCGAACCUUGGCCUUCCGACUUUCCCCCUUCUACUGAGGAUCCUAGAAAGAUAUGGACUCCUUCGGAACUUGAGCUUGACAUGGAAUUUACAAGAGACAUCAGGUCUUUAACCGUACUUCCUGCCACAAUGCUUCCCACCGGGCCACCUGAGCCCAUUUCGACUCCAGUUACCGGUUCCAAGCCUGCAACCCUUCAUACCGCGCUUCCGAAUGUUCUUCGGAAGAAGAUCUUUCCAAUCCCAGUAUCAUCUAGGACUCCACGUUCCAUUUCAGGACCAUCAAGCCCUGGACGAUCGGCCACUGCGACAACUAUUACCUGCACCGUACUAGACUGCAACACGGUAUUUCAGACACAAGCUGAGUACAGCCGUCACAUGAGGUACCAUAACAAGGCUGAGAAAUGUCCCAACUGCGAGCGAGGCUUUGGAACUAAAACACAUCUCAAUCGACAUAUUAAUGACGUUCACCGAACGUCAAGCAUGUACUAUUGUCCUAUUGAAGGAUGCAACUACUCGAUGGCUUCAGGGUGGAGAAAAUACUUUCCACGGAAAGAUAAUUUGAGGCGGCAUAUGAAACAUAGGCACGGAAGACCUGAUGGGGUUUGAAAACUUGGGGCCGCCGACUAAGAGCAGGCGGCGCUGGAGACUGAACUCUGGCCACUUCCGCCUGGAAACCGCGCUGGACGAGCCAUAUUGCUUAUUUGGGAUGUGGUAUGAUAUCAAACGCGCUUUGCCAGGUGAAAGACUGGUCUCUACCGGGGAUUUCUUCGUGAUAAAAUAGGUAUCUUGGCAAGCGCAAAUCACAUAAUAAUCCAAAAUUCUAGGUCGCGCGAUGCCUUCGCCUCUAGUCUCCUUUCUGAUCGAAUUCCUUGAAAGUAUCUUAUAAUCGUUACCUAUCGAAGAUGCACGCAACUUCCUUUUGAGUUUCAAAAACAAUCCACAAAAAAUGCAAGCACGUCUUUCACGAGACGUGCUUUCGUACUAUUCUAGUUAGUGUAUGUAUCUUAGGCAAGCCUUUAUUCAGGUAAAGAUCUCUCAAGAAUAUAACAAAACGAAGCACGCUUAG